GCAACACACACACACCUGUCUCGUUGGUUGAUUGCAUAUCAGAAGAAUCGAGAUGUUGAUCUAUUUCGAUUGACAGAAGGGAGUAUUCACGCAGCUUCAUCACACUCCACUGUCUCAAGUUCAAGGGCAGCCUCCAAGCACUGGACGGGUGAAUGGGUGUUGAGGAUCGUUCUGUUAGGUAUGGCUCCAGCCGCAUACCUGUGUCCUGGUCCACCAGUGGAUUACUCUAUUGCUGAAGCUCUCACACUGCAAGGACACUGGGGGAUUGGUCAAGUCCUAACAGACUAUGUCUAUGGUGAUGAUAAGGUCAAGCUGGCUAAAGCUGGCGUCUUGUUGCUGUCCACAGCCACGUUCUUUGGUCUCUGCUAUUUCAAUGACCAUGAUGUUGGUCUCUGCAAGGCAGUUGCCAUGCUCUGGCAAAUAUGAUGGUCAGAAUUAAACUCACUUGAAAGAUUUAUCACCAUUUUAGGUACUUGUCCAAGUCUUUUGAAAAGGUAAAUAGUAAAUACCUUCAGUUUAACAGGAGACAUUCUGUCUCUUAAAAUGUUACAUGUUUGAAUACAAUUUAGUGAUAUUUCACAAAAAACAUUGGAAUUGUUGGCUAAAUGAGGAGCAAUGUGAAAUAUCCUUUUCUUUUCACAUUGCUCUUCAUUAAGCUAACAAUGCUCUGUUCAUGAUCUGUAUUUACUGAGCAUUUCAGAUGAGCACAACGGUUGUUAAUAAUUAGCUCUUCUGUGAGAAAACAGGACGUCUCUUUAUGAAAGAUUCUAUAUAGUGACUGUGUUAGUUUUUAUAAUUUCAGCAGUUAUUGUUAAUGUCCAGCAGAGGUCAGUGCUUCUCGGUUUUAUUGGGAAUGCAUGAUCAUAUUCACAGUGUCUGUGGAGGUCGCAUCUGUGCUUACAAUAUUUUUAAAACCUGCACAUUUCCUUGAACACACUUGCUCAUUUUGUUUUAUUUUAAGCAUG